AAGCGUGCCCGACGUGGUAUCCGCGGCAUCCGCGGUCGGUUUGUCGUCGAGGAAUCAACGGCGGAUCGGUUAGUUCGCGGUUGCUCGUUGCACCGUUCAUUCCUUCUCCCUACGCCAUACCCAUAUUAAUUUAAUUUCCCGCAGGUUGUUUCCAUAACGAACUCUAAAAUCCCACAUCCCGAGAGAGAACGGGAGUGUACAAAAGACGUGGACACGGGCAACGGAAGAGGUAUGUCGUGACGACUAUAGCGCUCGUCGUGACCCAUCGUCUCUCCCGUCGACCCCCGGAAAGAGUGAGUCGCUUCAUCGUCCGAUUCGAAUGUUUCUGCGAUUUGGAAAAAACGUUUCGUCGGGCAUUCCGUGAUUUGGGAAAAAACCAGCCGGUGCGCGAUGACGUCUUGACGAAGAAAUAGGGUGAGAUAGGCGAAAGAGUGAGAUCGUGGACGAAAAUCUGCGUGCGUGAGAUUCCGUCAGUGGAUUUCCGGCGUGAGUCCGUUCUUCAUGAACGCGAGGAAAGAUGCUGUCGAGAGUUAACCUGGUCACAAUUCUGCUGACCUUGAAUUGCGUCAGCCGCGCGAUUGAGCACUCGAAAUCGCCGCAGGAGAAACAGCAGGACGAAGAGAGAGCCGUCACUUCCGGCAAGAAGAUUCUCAGGCAUACGUACGACAAUGUCAUGUCCGAGAGUUCUAUUUCCUUGGCCGAUGGUCGCAAUGUCAGAGAUAACUUCUGGCUUGAUAUUCAUAGUUUAAUUGAUCAAGGCAACCAUAAAGCACAUAGUAAGACUGAAGCGAAGGAUCGAGACGGAGCACGACGUAAGAAACGAAAGGCUAGCCGUACCAUGCUGGCAUUACUAAUGGCAUACAAACUCAAAUUUAUCGCUCUGAUCCCGACGAUACUCGGAGGUUUACUCCUUCUCAAAGGAACGACAUUACUUGCGGGAUUCUUUUUCGCCCUGUUUGCCGCCGUUCUUGGUCUGAAGGUGCAACAUUGACAAC